UUGACAGUUGAGAGGGUGAGACUGAGAAAGAAGCACGAUGGCUCGAUUCAGAUGGAUUAUAAUGUCUUCAUUUCUGAUGCUGCUGGUUCAGUUUAAAGCAGCAGCAGGGACAUAUUCCUUCUCCACUGUCAGAGUUGGAGAUGAAGUCGCUUUCUCUUGUGGAAAUGUGACAGAUGAUCAGGAUCAGGAUCACAGUAUUGAUUGGUUCGUCACUCGUUCAGGAAUAACAGCAAUGCUGUUUGAACACGGGCAGAUUCAGGAGGAAGCCAAAGCUAAAUCACACAGACUGAGUGUUACAGAGAACUUUUCGUUGGUUAUAAAGAACGUCACACUUGAGGAUGCUGGUGGCUAUGUCUGCAUCCAGUUCAAAUCGGGACGAGAACAAGGUGAAACCACAGUGGUUUUUCUGAAUGUUGUUACCAUGACUGAAGAGAAGAACGAUGAUACGGUCACCUUGAACUGCUCUGUGUCUACAAGUGAUUGGUGUUUCCACACAGUGAAGUGGCUGUAUGAGGGUCAUAAGAGUGACUUGGAGACAAAACAGGUUGACUGUUCAGCCACUGUGACAUUUACAUCUCACCUUAAUCAGAAGUCAGAGUAUUACGAGUUAUUGAAAUGUGAAGUGAAACAUUCCAAAUUUGUGCACCUCUUCACCUUCAGCCAUCCGCAGUCCGCAGGUGAUGAUGCAACAACUACAAAUAAAUCACCAAUAACAACAGGAAAUAAUCGGACAUCAGAAGAGACAAACAACCCGACAUCGGAAAACAAUACCAAUGGACCAGGCUGGUGGAAUAUCGUCAUCGUGUCUCUGGGUUUAGCAACACUCAUAAGUGUUGCUGCGAUCAUUAUAUGGAGAGUUAAAGGGAACAAAACACAGAUGGAAGGAAACAUUGAGCAUGAUGAUGAAGAUGAAGAUGAAGGUACGGAGAACUAUGAAAACAAUGCAGAGCAUUUUGCCUUUGUCUGACUCCACUGAUCAACAACAUCAACUCACCACAGAGUCCUCUGCUGUUAAACAUCAUCUCAUCAUAUAUUACAUGAGUAGAUACCAAAAUGAUAUGAUGAUGGAUGACUGAAUGUGUUUUCUGUGCCGAGCUGUUUCUAUUUUAGUCUGAGCUGGACAAAGAGACUCAAGUCUUGAUCUGAUCUCAUAUUAAGAAGCCCCCCUUUGAGUCAGUCCAGAACCUUAACUUCAUCUAAAACAGAUCACUUGGUAUAUUCAUUUAUUUCUUAUUUAGCUUCCUUAAAUAAUGCUCUCACAUACUCAUACACAUUUAUUCUUCUGUCCAUAUAUCUGAUCUAUAGUCUAUACACAGUAUUCAUAUCAUUCCUCCAGCUGUUUACUCUGUAUAUCAUGUCUUAUAUUAGCAUUACUUGUACUUACACCUGCACUAUAUAUUUUACACUUAGUCAUACUGUAUAUAUCUCAGCGUAUAUGUAUAUGUAUAUUAUUUGUCUGCUAGUUGUGUAUUGUGCUCGAUUGCUGUAUGGUUGGUGGCAAACCAGUUUCCCUAUCGGGAUUUAUAAAGUUUUUUAAUUCAAUUCAAUUCAAUUAUGUAAUGUACCUUACUUUGCAGGUUACUGUUUUUUGCAAUUAAACUGCAUGUUGUUGUCCAU